UAGGGGCGGGAACCAGGUUGUUUUUGUUCUUGUAGCUCGUGCCUGUUGUGGGAGAUUAUAUAUGGUGGAAGCGGCUCGGACAGCAGAGUCGGCAAAAAUACUACAUGACUGGGCGUGCUGUGGUGGCGUAGCGGUUAGUGCGACCUGUAUUUGGAGACCUUGAGUCCUCGACGCGGCCAUCACAGCGAUGAAGCAGCUUCCUGCAGACACGGUGCGGCUGCUGUCCAGCUCGCAGGUCGUCACGUCUGUGGUGAGCGUGGUGAAGGAGCUGAUGGAGAACUCCCUGGACGCUGGCGCCUCCAGCGUCGACGUGAAGCUGGAGAACUUCGGCCUGGACCGGACGGAAGUUCGAGACAACGGCUGUGGGAUCAAAGCGGCGGACGCUCCGGUGAUGGCCGUCCGACAUUUCACCUCCAAGAUCAGCAGCCAUGAAGACCUGGAGCGCCUGGAAACGUACGGCUUCAGGGGCGAGGCGCUUGGCUCCAUCUGCGCCGUGGCCGAGGUCACCGUUACCACUAAAACAGAGGAGGAGGACGUCAGCACGCAGUACACCCUGGACUCCAGCGGGGGCAUCGUCUCUCAGAGGCCGUCCCACCUGGGUGGAGGAACGUCGGUGAGCGUGGCGAAGCUGUUCGGGAAGCUGCCGGUGCGACGGCAGUUCUUCUCCUCCGUCAGGAAGCGUAAGGAGGAAGUGAGGAAGGUCCAGGACCUGCUGAUGGCCUUCGCCAUCAUAAAGCCGGAGCUGCGGCUCACGCUGGCCCACAACAAGGUGGUGGUUUGGCAGAAGGCCAGAGCGGCGGACCACAGGAGCGCCCUGGUUGCUACGCUAGGAGCUAGUACUGUCGCUAACCUGCUGCCCGUCCACCAAGAACAGCCAGAGAUGGUUCUGGACGGUUUUCUUCCCAAACCCGGAGCUGAUUUGUCCUUAACGAGCUCCUCUACCGCUGAUAAAACCUUCAUAUUUAUUAAUAAGCGUCCUGUCCAGCAGAAGGACAUCCUGAAGCUGUUGCGUCAGCACCACUCGGCUCAGUAUCCUGACGAUGCGGCUCGGCAUCGGUUCCCCGUCCUCCUACUGAACAUCACAGUUUGUCCUUCUUCGCUGGAUGUAAAUGUGACGCCUGAUAAAAUCCAGGUUCUGCUUCAUAACAAGGAGGCGGUUCUGGCUGCCGUCGAGGCUCUGCUGGUUUCUCUUUACGGUUUUCGUCCUGAAAAGCAGCCGGACCCUGAAACUCUUCCUCCUGCUGCUGGUUGGGUGGAGACGGAUCAGAAUACAGAGAGCAGGAAGGUGAGCGAUGACGAUGCCGGCCAAUCAGCUGCCCUGCAGCGCCAGGCCUCCAGCUGCAGCUCCUCUUCCUCCAUGGCGGACGACUGGAUCGUCAACCAAUCCUGUUUCUCCCUCUGCGACGAUGAGGUGACCCGGAGUCGACCCCAGAGCGCCGAGCCCGGCCCAGAGGAGCCGCGGCACCCGCAGGUGUCCGCCGAGGCCUGGAGCCGCGGCACUGCGCUGACCGACCCGGCGUCGGGAGAACCACUGCGGCCCGUCGCCAUCCACCGGCCCGACCCAGAGGUCAAGAGGUCAGGCAACGCCAUAACGGAGAAACGGGCCGCGCUGACGGCGUACGACAUGAUCAGGAGCCGCGCCCUGAAGGCACCGCCGUCCGCCGUCUCGCUGUUCGAGAAGGAGACGCGGUCCGAGGUUCUGAUGGAGCGACCGGCCGCCAGCCUGCAGGAGGUCAGCGCCGCCGUCCAGAACCGCUGGGAAAACCUGGGAGACGAAGGCAGGAAGAGGUUUGAGGAAAAGGCGAGGAAGAGUCAGGACCUCCAUGACCAGAGGACCAGGCUGGCGGCCGCUGCGGCCCCGGGGACCCCAGGGGCCCCGGGGCCGCAGCGGCCCCUGGGGGCCGCUAAGCUCCAGGCUCAGAAGCGUAAAGCUCCUCUGUCCAACCAGCAGCUGCUGGACGAGCUUUUCUCCGCCCAGCCCCAGACGAAGAAGAAGGCUCCGCCCCUGAAGCCGUGGCAGCCGCUGCCCUGCAGCAUGGCAGUGCUGCGCCAGCGGCUGCUGCGCCUUUCAGCCCAGAGCGGCGCAGCAGGGCCCCGGGGCCUCCGCCCGGUGGGCCGGCUGGCCUCUCAGAACGCCUGGCUGAUUUUGUGCGGCGGGCGGCGUUUGAUGCUGCUCAACCCUUUCCGGGCGGAGGAAGCCUUGCUGUUCCAGCGGCUCCAGCAGGAUCACAUCCUUCCUGCCGCCCGCCUGCAGAACCCGCUGCUGCUCACCGACAGGAACCUGGGCGCCGCGGAGUUCGAGACGCUGUGCAGUUUGGAGAAAGGCGCGGCGGAGCCAGACGGCAGCGUCUUCUUCUCCGACCCCCGACUCGUCGCCAACGGCUUCAGAAUCAAACUCAGUCCAGCAGAGCGCCAUCUGGAAGCGACGGCCGUGGCGGACUGCGUGCCUUUCCUGGGCCUGGAGGACCUGAAGGAGGUUCUGACCGCCGUCCUCCAGAGGAAGGGCGCCACGGUGCCGCAGAGCCGGCCGCUUAAAGUCACCAACUACCUGAAGGCCGAGGCGGUCCGGCUCGCCCGCCAGCUGCCUUCAGAUUUAUGUGGUGAAGAGGUGGAGGAGCUGCUGGAGCGGACGGAGAGGCGGCUGGGCGGAGCCGACCGGACCUGCAUCCACGGGCGACUCUUCCUGCACCACCUGGCCGACGUCCCGUCCACACAGCAGGAGGCCCGGGCUGGACUCACACCGCUGAGCAACACACACACCUCCGGUUCGCUGGCGGUCGUCUAACGAAGCCGAACUCUGGAGACGAAGUGGCUCAACGGAAUCCGGUCCAAUAACGGGGUCUCCAGCUGCCUUGGAAUACUCCCUCACCCCCUAACAUCCUUCUUCUCAUUCGGACUUCCUCACCUGUCAGAGGUGGAAUGUUGCUGGCGGAGACGGUCCUCCAGGGUCCAACUCAUGACAGAUGUAACGACGCUCAGUGAAAAUGUUUACCAGCAGCUGCUGUCUGCUGCAGACAACAAGCUGCUGCAGCUCAGGAUCAACCAGACGCUUCACCAGGCUGGCGAUUCACCGGCCGGAAACAGGAAACGCAGCGCCGGCGAUUCACCGGCCGGAAAUGCCUUCUUUUGUCAUACUUUCACCAAUAUUCAUAAAUAUUUAAUUGGCACACUAAAUAUUUAGAUUGAAGCCAAAUACUUAGCUAGCAAGAUAAAUAUUUAGUUUGCAAAUUAAAUAUUAAGCCAGCUCAGAUAUGCUAAUUCACAUGCCGAUGACCGGAAGUGGACUAUCAAAAUAAAAGCUGGAUCUUCCGAACCCUUUCCGAGCUGUUGCUAGUGUAUUUACACUGCCCAUCUCAUCGCUUGUUUUAAGCUGAACUGUUAGCAUAUGAUGAAGAAAAAAUAAACGAUGACGACACGAACAACAACUGAAGAGAAUCAGUCGCGCCAGCAGAGGUUCGCAAGAGCAAGCUUUUAUUUUGGUAGUCCAUUUCCGGUUAUCGGGACGUGAACUAGCAUAUUUGCUAAAUAUUUAGCUUGAAUCUGUGACAUUCAUAAAUAAAUGAAUAACAUGGUUAAAAUCUGACUGAAGAUGUUUUUUUAACAGGCUAAAUAAUCCAAAUCUUUGCUGUUAACUUUACAUAACUUUACAAACGACGUUCCUACUUCCUGUAAUCACAUUUUAAUCAAUAUUAUUGCCUUCUGUUUUUGUCUUGGAAAGUAAAGGCUUCAUCAUUAUUUGUAAUUAUUGAUGGAGGCAUUUAAACGUCAUCAUGCCGACUGUAUGAAUAUUAUUCUGUCUGCAGAAACAAAAGAAGAAAUAAAUGUUGAAAAUGGAGAA